CUUAUACAAAAUGCCGGGAGAAGAAGAGACUGAUAAGCUAAAUACCCAACAAAAAGGAAAUAGAGAAAAGAAAAUAGAGGCUAAUAAACAUUUGCAGAAGAAACAGAAAGCAGUUGAUCAACCUAGAAGUUCACUUAGUCUCCAAAUGCUGAUCCUUCUUGAUUAUUAUUUCUCUCUUUUCUAUGGUAUUGUCACAUGAAUUUUGCUAAUUUAUAAGUCAAGUGCUCUACCCUAUCCUCCUUUGUACUUUGGUUUAGAAUUUAUAUUUCUGCUGCUGUUCUGGUUGUGGCAAAUGAUGAAAAUUUCCCUUGGCUCCAGAGGAAACAGAACUGAGAAGAACUCGAUCACGCUUCUAUUCAUAAUCUUCAAUGUCCCAUCAAUCAUAGUAUUCCUGUUCUUUAUGGUGUUCCAGACAUAUUCUCUCAUAAUAGAAGUAGUAAUGAAUAUAUUAGGCAUCUUGUUGUGAAUCUUUGAAAUCAUUUCUGGAUUCAUGCAGUUCCUCGUUUUCAGACACAUCGAGAGAAGCGACUAAUAAUCCUUUCAAUAAUUCCUUCUCAUA